CCUUGUGCCUUUAGAUUUUCGGCGCGCAUUUGACACUCGAACCCGCUGUGGAACUGGAGAAGCGGGUGGGAGGCUGGCCGUUAACCCGUUCCGGUACCAUUGGUUUACUGAGGCGAUUAGAAGCCCGCCGUUGUCUUGAAGGAGGAGCGACGUUUGACAGGAAUCGGGAAGCUUCUUCAUCCGUGAGACAGCAGCAGCGCAGGUUUGGUGUAAUGAAGGCGGAGGAGUGAACUCAGAAGAUUGGAAGACUUGUGAAACGGCAAGCAAAGAUGCUUGAAGCUGAUGACCAAGCAGGUGCUGCAGUUGAGGAGGAAGACGAGGAAGACAUGGGGAACAGGGACUUGGAGACUGAGGUCAUGCGGUUGACUCUUGAGCUCCAAGAGGCCACAGAAGAAAAACUCCAGGCUGCACGCUAUGGCCUGGCAAUGCUGGAGGAAAGUGCUGCCCUCAAGAAGAAACACAGUCAGCUGGAAGAAGAGCAUGAAACCUUGAAGCUGGAGCUACAGCAGCUCAGAGAGGCUUUUGCAGAUUCUGUGAGCAGCCAGAAGCGCGCAGCUGCUGAUGGAGAGUGCCGGGAGGAAAACCUGCUGCAGGAGACUGCGAGUAAGGAGGCUGCCAUGGCAACCCGCCUGGAGGAAGUUCAGGCAGAGCUCAAACAAACGCGCCUCGCUCUGAGCAACACCCAUGCAGAAAUUGAAAGAUUGGGGGUUCUCUCCUCCCAACUAAAGAAGGAGUGCGAGUGCCUGGAAGCAGAGAAAGGCCAUCUGAGAGAUGAAAUAAAGGAGUACAAAGUACGGGAGCUGCGGCAGCUGCAGGACAACAGUGAGCUGGAAGAGGAGAACAUUUCUCUGCAGAAGCAGGUGUCCGUGCUCAAGGAAAACCAGGUUGAAUUUGAGUCGAUAAAGCUCGAGCUGACCCAAAAGAAUGAGGAGCAGGAGGACCUGCGGGGCCAGCUGGAGGAGGCAGCCAGGCUGAGGGAAAUUGCAGAGAGGCAGCUGGAGGAAGCUUUGGAUGCGCUGAAAGAGGAGAGGGAGCAGAAAAACAGUUUGCGCCGGGAGCUCUCCGCCUUGACCUUGAACCCCUUCGACUCCGUGGGGAACCUGGAGCUCCACUUGGACCAUCUGGAUGACAGCCAUGUGGAGGGUCAGGGUGGCGAGGGCGAAGAAGACAACCAGGAUAGUGGUUAUAACCCCGGCUCUGGAUCUGGGUCGGCCCCGCCCUCAGGCGGAUCCAAAAGCAAUGGCGUUGUGCACCGCUACUCCACUCCACGCAACAGUGACAAGUUCCUGCGGGCUCCGGCCUCGGGGCUGGUGUCUGACCUGCUGAGCGAGUUGCACUUCUCUGACAGUCAGAAGCUAAAACAGCAGCUCCUGCAGGCUGAACGAGACAAAUCCAGCUUGGCCAGCAAGGUGGAAGAACUACAAAUGCAGCUGAUGAUGUCCAAACAGGCUCUCAGUCAGCAGCAAGACAAGGUCGGCUCGCUCAUGCAGCAGCUGGAUGCUGUGCAAAGUAGUCAGCAUCCAACCCAGGACGCGGAGAAGAGCGGAGAGAAUGAGAAAGAAAGUGGGGGUGAUGGAAAUGCCGACUUUGACUAUGAAGUAGACACCAAAAGCAAGGAGGUGCUGGAGGCGCGGAUGCGUGCGGCUAGUGAGGAGCUUCUGAAGCUGAGGGAUGAACUGUCUCAGGCGGGAGCUCGAUACAACACCCUCGAACAGAAAUACAAGCAGGAGAAGGAUCGCUGGCGGGGAGAGGCCCAGGACCUGGCCGACAAAAUCCGUCAGUGCAUCAAGUCCAGCAAGCAGGACCAGGAGCGAAUCAGCGAGCUGGAGAAAGAGAUCGGAGCCACACGGAAAGUGGCGACGGAUUCUGAAGGGCACUUGAGCGUCGCCCAGGAAGAGCUGCUAGCUUUCUCAGAGGAGCUGUCCAACCUGUACCACCACAUCUGCGUGUGCAACAAUCUGACACCCAAGCGGGUCACCCUGGACUAUUACCGGGACGGUGCCAGGGCGAGCAGUGCCCGGAGGUCCCACCACUUCAACCCACAGCACACCGCCCAGAAGAAGCCCCGAGCCAACGACAUGUUCAUCUCCAAGGCUGCGGCGCUGCAGUUCAUGGGGGAGAUGGACAGCGCUGGAGCCAGUGGAGAGUCCCCCACCUGCCCCAGUUCUCCCACCCUGGACUUCAGGGACCCAUCUAACGUUCGCAACUUGGUGGCCGUCAUCCGCUGCCAAAUCAAACACCUGCGGGUGGCCGUGGACUUGUGUCGUCAGCGGGGUGCCAUGCCUUACUCGGGGCUCAGCAGCAGCGGCGAGACGGAGCGGGAUGCUGAAAGCCUCUUGGAGGAAGUCUUAAAGCUCAAAUCUCUCCUCAGCACCAAGAAAGAACAGAUCGCCACGCUCCGAACUGUCCUCAAGGCUAACAAACAGACCGCUGAGUUGGCCUUGUCUAAUCUGAAAGCCAAGUAUGAGACGGAGAAGAGCAUGGUGACUGAGACCAUGAUGAAGUUGAGGAACGAGCUAAAGGCGCUGAAGGAGGACGCAGCCACCUUCUCCUCACUCCGGGUCAUGUUUGCCAGCCGAUGUGACCAGUAUGUCACUCAGCUGGAUGAGAUGCAGAGGCAGCUCGCAGCUGCAGAAGAUGAGAAGAAGACCCUGAAUUCGCUCCUGCGCAUGGCCAUCCAGCAGAAACUGGCUCUUACUCAACGCCUGGAGGACCUGGAGGCCCCUCUGUCUCCUCACAGCUUGAACAGCAGUCCCCGCCGCUCCCGGGCCAAAGAGCUCGCCAAUAAAUCGGGCCGGGCGCCUCGGAGCCCCCGAAACAGUCCCGCUCGCACCCCGCUGAGGAGCAGCCCGAGGGCCAGCCCCGUCCUGGGCAGCAGCGUUCCUGCCUCCGCCACCCACCACUUGCGAUCUCUCACGCGGAGUCUCCACACAAGUCCUCGCUGAAUCACUCCUCCCCUAACCCCCCCCCCCCCCCCCCCCCCCCUUCUACAUAAGGACCUGACUUGGUGUUCACUCCCAUUCUCCUCCUCUCCUGAUGUGGAGCAUCCUGUCCAUCCAUGAUCUGACUCUGCAUCCUCCUCUCCACCCUUCAAAAAUGUGGACUGAAAAGUAUUUAACAAAAAAAAAGAAGAAAAAAAACUGCCUGUCAUUCCACCCUGUUGUUCCUGUGUCCUUGGAGUGGAGAAACCUGCAUGCACCCUGGAGAAGAAGACGGAUGUGCUGCUCAUUCCUGUGUCCAACUGUCAUCUGGUUUUUUUGUGUUGUGCUGAGCCCAGAACAGUAUUUUUUCCAGAGCGCCAGACUUUCUAGUGGACAGCAUUAACUAUCCUCAGGCUGUGGUCUGUUCUCUGAAGACCGAGCGUCUUCACACUCUGCCUUUUAACCUGUCAUCCUGGUCAGAUCUCCAUGGUAUUUUUUAGUGUCGUCUCUCAUGGUCCUGGUCGUUGUUUUUAUAGGUCAGGAGAAGUAGAACCUGCUGUUGUCACUUUCUUUUACUCUGCAGUUACUGCAGUUACCUUCCCCUUUUUAUCCUGUGGUGUUUCUCUAUCUGCGACUCUGGCCUGUAAGCUUCACCCUUUAACAUGACAGUUUGUAUGGAAAUAGAUCAGCCAUAUAUUCACCACCUCAGGUGAAACCACGAGGAUUCAGAUGCAGCGUUUAGGAAACCUUUUGAAGGAAGUACUUUACAGACUAAGGCUGGGAGAGCAGGAGACUAAUCAAAGCUAUAGGGCAGCAAAAAUGUUUAGCCAUUCUGAGGUCGAUUUACAUUAACAUUAGCGUCUUACAAAACAAAAAUACAUUUCCUCUUGAGUUGAGAGUUCACAAAUCCUGAAUUUGCUUGAUUGUCCUUUAAAAACGCUCAAUAACGUGUUCAACCCUCCUUUUUUGUUAAUAACAGAUCCUUUUUAAGUGCUUCUAUGGUUUAUAGCUCAUUGAAAUCACAUGUGUGUCUAUUACCUACAUAUGAAAACCAUCAUGAGCCCAGUCUAUGUGGAAGUAUCCUUUUCUGUUUUAGAUUCUACUGCCAGUAGAACAAGAUGUAACCGAGAUGCUGCUUUUAUUUUGAAGGAUGACGAUGCUGAAUAAGUAUGGCUUUGCUUUGCUGGUUGAACAGUUACAACAAAGCAAAACCAUGGGAAUGGUCACAGAUGUAUUUAUACAGCUGCAUGGAUUAACGGCAGUGGGAGGAUUUUUAGACUGUGAUUUGAGGACAGAAUGAAAUUAAAAUUUUGUUCUGAAACCUUUAUCCCUUAUUCUCAAGCACUUGGCCACAUGUUAUAUUUAAAAAAUAGUCAAUCUAAAAUAAUUCUUAAUAAAUAAAGUUUGAAAUGCCCCUUUGAUGGAUCAUGUUACUUUUUACUAAUCUGGUUUUCCUGAAGAAGCCACACCCUUUUCUUCUCUUUCUUUAACUGUUUGUGCCUUGGUUAAGACAUUUUUAUAUCACUCCUCAACACUGUACGUUUUAGUUUCUGUCAUUUUUGUUAAAUAUACUUUGUCAUUUGCUUUUGGGGAAGCUCAUUAAGCGAUGUUGGCACUGAUUACUGUGAUGUUUCACUGUGUUAAAAUAUUGUCACUUUUUAGCCAGAAUUAUUUUAUGAGAUUAAAUUAUGAGGACUUGUCAGCGCUCCUGGAUACCAGUGGUCACCUUUAUAUUUAUUGUAAAAACGAUGACCUUUAAUUAAAGUCAAGAAUGGGAUAGUUUUAAAGCUCACCAGUUCCAUAAACCUUUGUUUUGACGUUUUGACUGAAAGGUGAACAUGUUUUAUUCUAAUGUCACAUUACAGUGAAGGAUGUGAAUGCUCUUCUUAUUCUAUUGAAUUCAUUAUGUGUAGAUGUGUAUAAUUGUAAUUCUCAUUGUUGUAUGAUAACUUAAUUUAUGUGAGCUGCAUCUGAUGUAAAUUAAUCUAGCUUCCAUGCACACUCUGUGUUCCUUGUUUCAGAGUCAUACACUUUAGGUGUAUGUAUGCAAGCCGACCUCCAACCACAAAAUAAAAAGCCAACACUCUACCAAA